AUGACGGAGCUGCCAGAGUCUGAGGUUGAUGUUCUCAUCAUCGGCGCUGGCCCUGCAGGGCUGAUGUUGGCGCUGUGGUUGGCGAGGCUGGGCGUCAAGGCGCGCAUCGUGGACAAGCGGACGGCCAAGAUCUACUCUGGCCAGGCAGAUGGAAUCUGCCGCGGCGCCCAAGCAGUCAACACCAUUCCGGGGCUCUCCCGCUUCACCGAGUCUGUUCUUCACCAGGGUCGCAUAGAGCAGUUCUUCCUAGAUGGGAUUCGAGAGUCGUACGCUUCAGACGAGGAAGCGCUGCGCGUAGAGCGCAUGGUCAUUCCCACAUCGCUCGAGAUUGACGAGAGCAAGGCCGAAGACCCGGAUGCGCAUCCUGUGACCGUUACGUUACGGCACUUGACGGAGGAGGAGGCGACGCCAACGCAGAUGCUGAGCAACCUCAGCGAUGGCAUUUUCAGGAGCAACCUUGCGGACGACGAUGUGGGCGAUAUUUUGGCCAAGUCAAAGAGUCGCGAGGCAAGGGAUGAGAUUGUAAGGGCAAAGUAUGUUGUUGGCUGCGAUGGUGCCCACUCGUGGACGAGGAAGACUCUAGGAAAAGACUUUGAGAUGAAGGGUGAGACGACGGAUGCCAUUUGCACCUCCGGCGCUCUCAUGAUUAUUCCCCGCGAGAACCGGAUGGUCCGACUCUACAUUCAGCUGAAGGAGGUCUCUGCAGGUGGUGGUCGGGUCGACAGGUCUCAGAUUACUCCCGAUUUUAUCUUCAAGUCUGCUCAGAAGAUCUUCAGCCCGUACAAGUUAGAGUACCACUACUGCGAUUGGUGGACGGCCUACCAGAUCGGCCAAAGAACCGGUGACCACUUUAGCAAGCUCAACCGCGUUUUCCUCGCUGGAGACGCCGUUCACACUCACUCUCCGAAGGCUGGCCAGGGUAUGAACAUUUCCAUGCAAGACAGCUACAAUCUCGGCUGGAAGAUUGGUCUCGUAUGCAAGAACAUCAUCCCCCGUGAGAUCCUGUCGUCGUAUGAGCUAGAGCGCAAGAAGAUCGCAAAGGACCUUAUUGCCUUUGACGGCAAGUUUUCAAAGCUUUUUACUGGUCGACCGGCGAAGGACAUUAUGGAUGAGACGGGUGUUUCAUCAGAGGAGUUCCAGAAGGCUUUCCACACUAGCAGGAUGUUCACCACUGGCGUCGGCGUCAACUAUCAACCGACCGUCCUCGUUGCGAAGAGUCCCGAAGAAGAUCCCGAAGGCGACAACGAUCUCAAGAAGAGCACCGCCAAGAGCACACAAUCCCUUGCCACAAACUGCAAACUAGGUCAACGGUUCCCCUCAUACAAAGUCAUCCGUCAGUCAGAUGCACGCCUCUGGGAACUCCACCACAAACUUCCCUCGAACGGCCGAUUUCGCCUCGUCGUCUUUGGCGGCGACAUCUCUCAACAGGCCCAGCGCGACAGGGUCAACGCGCUCGGUGCCUGGCUGACAACCUACCUCACGAAGUUGCCCACCAUCAAGCUCACGCCUGGCUCAGACCCUCACAGCGGAUCUAUGAAGUUCAAGACGGACGAAGAUCCUUCCAUCGUGGAUGUCUUGCUGGUGCAUACCGCGCCGCGGGAUCAAGUUGAGCUGUUGAAGGACAUGCAUGAGAUGUACCAUCCAUUCGACAGCAAGCUUGGCUGGGACUAUGACAAGGUUUACGUCGACGGCAAGACGUUUUAUGAGGAGCCGCAGCGAGCGUAUGAGAAGUACGGUAUCGACGAGACGAAGGGUGCGGUGGUUGGUCUCCGGCCUGAUGGAUAUGUCGGACUCGUUGUCUCGGUUGGACAUGACGGCCAACAAGAGAUUCAGAACUGGCUCGAUGGUAUCUUCCAGCGUAGCUAA